GUCGUAGCCAAUUUUGACGCCCCCGAAUGCCAAACAUGACGGAAAAGAGUUCGACGACCACCAACAAGGCGGAGAACAAGAGCUCCAACAACGGGACCAGCACGGCCGCGUCCUCGACAACCGAUUGCUCGUCGACUGCCUCGCCAUCCCCCAGCUCGACGCCCGGCUCGUCUGGGGCUCCUACGGUCGCGACCUCAUCCUCCACCACGUCGUCGGUUGCCUGCGAUACAGGCAGCUCCUCAACAAUUAAAACCCACUCUCAGGACACCCCAUCCCCAGUGCCCGUCGCCAUGAAGAAGGACGACCCAGCGCUCACUCGCUUCGCCGACUACUUUGUUAUCUGCGGUCUUGACCUCGACACCGGAUUAGAGCCUGAUCGCUACGCUGGUGACAGUCUACAUUGCUCCCCACUUGACCGAGCCUACAAAAGUAAAUCAUUGGCCCACUACCCAGAGAACGUACCUUGGAAUCCAUUCGACGCUCAUGGAAUUUGCAUGCUCUCGUUACCCCAAGGAUUACGAUUUCGUACUCAAAAACAUAAUAUUGAGCCAAAAUUUCAUGCAUUCGCCACCACCCGUGAAGAUGGAAAGCGAUGUCAUGGAUUCAGUUUAGUAUUUUACGAAGAAGUUCGCAAUCGAAAUAUCUGCAGUGCCAUGCACACUCUACAGGCAAUGUACAUAACAGAACUUUCCAAUGGACAAAUAACGCCUGGCCUGAGACGUGUGAAAGAAAGCUCAGUGAGUCGUUCGUUACCGCGGCAUUUUAAAAUCUCAUCACAAUCUCCAUCAUCGGCGCUCAGCUACUAUGAUGUUACUAAGGAUAAAUUAUAUGUAGCAAAAAGUAUAUCAUUAAUUUGUCAGGUGCCGUAUGCAUUUGCUGCUGAGAAAUUUUUGAAAAAUAUCUACAAAUGUCUUCCAAGGCAGCCAGGACCAGGACUAAGUCUCGAAAGUUACGUGUACAACAUUUUGUAUGAAGUGAUGCUGCCUCAAGCUGGCCGUUCGAUACGAAUUUACUUGCCGCCAGAAGAGCCACACUUGCCACCCAUGGCAGUCAUUUUACAACGGCCUGGGCUUAUCGAUGAAUUACCGCUUUUGGAUUUUCCUCUUCGAUUGUUAUUUUCCUAUCUUGGUGUCGAAUGCGUCAUACAAUUGUUUACAUGCGUACUUCUCGAAAACCAAGUUCUUCUCAGAUCGAACGAUUAUCAAAAGCUUAUGAUUGUUGGUGAAUGCAUAACCGCAUUGCUAUUUCCAUUCAAGUGGCCGCACGUAUACGCGCCAAUUUUACCAGCCGCUCUCCAUCAUUUCCUCGACGCUCCAGUUCCAUUUGUUAUGGGCUUACAUGCCGAAUGUGAAAUCAACACUAAAAUUGGUACAGAAGCAACACUCUGCUAUGUGGACAUUGAUAAGAAAACAAUACAAUUGCCGGAAGAAAUGCCAGUGUUUCCACACAAGGUGGAUUUCAUGUCAGAAAUUGUAUCGAUUUUGGAUAAAUUUCAAAUUGAACGUGACAAAACGAUGGAACCACCAUCAAUAUUGAAUCCAAAAAGUUUCUGCAAUCAACGUGAUUAUGAUGUGAUGAGUUCAAGCUGUACGUUGCCAUCUGGUUUGCAUGUACGCCGAAAAUAUACUGCCACUAGUGGAUAUCAUGACAAUAUGAGCAUAAGUAAUCAUUGGGGUGAUCACGGUUCAGAUAUGGUCACGCAACCGCUAUUGAGCAAUGGUCCAUCGACUGGACAAACACCAACUCCAAAAUCGGAAGCGUUACAACGUAUAGUGGAUAUAGUUAAACGCACGGGCGUACAAUUAGACGAUAUGGAUCUCAAUAAUGAUAUAAUGCCGUCAUCGCGUAAACAGCGCCCACUCACAUCUCAGGAACAAUAUUAUGAAGAUCAACGGCUAAAUAAUUCUAUUCGUGAGAUAUUUCUUAAUCGUUUCGUUCAUAUGUUUGCCGCAUAUGAACAUUUCGUGAUAUUACCAAAUCAAGAUAAAGAUGAUUGGCUGACGAAUCGUGAAUCUCUGCAAAAUUUCGACAAGGCAUCUUUCUUAUCAGAUCAACCCGAACAUCAUAGACCCUUUUUGUGUCGAUUUUUAGAAAGUCAAAUGUUCGCAACGUUGAUAGAUAAUAAAAUAAUGGCCGUAUGGGAUAAAGAUAUGGAUCCGAAUUUGAAACUAUUCGACAGCAGAAUAAAACUUUUAAGGAAGCGACACGGUGGUGAAAGUAUGAUACGUGCAACAAGUUACGAACCAUGCGUACUAAGUCAAGAAACCCAACGUCUCCUCGACAAGCGUUUAUCGAAUGUGGAUCUAGAAGUCUCACCUCCUAGCGAAAUUCUACCGAAUCGGCCAGCAUAUUUUCGGAGUUUUCCAACACUUGAAAAAUCGGUUCUGAAUCAGGAAUGUGCAUCGAGAGGAAACAGUUUACGGCGAGUUAAGAACGGUGCAAAAUGGCGUGCCAAAGAGAUUUCUUUGGAUGGAAAGCCGCCAGCAUUUCCAUCAGCCAUCUCAUCAUCUAAUCGACAGUCUGCGAAUUUAUCCACUACCGAAAUGAGCCCGUCAUUAAUAGCACAAGCAAAUUGGACGUUUGUUGAGAAACUGUUGAAGGACAUUAAAAGUAAAACAAAACGAAUGCUACUGGAAAAAAUGGGCACGGAAGCUGUUGCACUGGGGCUAAGCGGUGAAGUUACAGUCGUUGGAGUCGAAGAGAAUACACUGAUUGCAUCUCUAUGUGAUCUACUCGAGAAAAUUUGGUCACAUGGCUUACAAAACAAACAAGGAAAGUCAGCCCUGUGGUCACAUUUGCAAGCCUACCUGGAACUGAAAGAAACCUUAAAUCCUACGAAACAAAUUGACACAAAUUAUGUGUCGCCAGCGCUAGCCUGGAGCGUAAUGAGAAAAAGAAUGGAUUAUCUCUCAACUUUUUCAAUCGAAUCUGAAUCUUCACCUGGCAGCCCAACGCGUGGCCGUUCCCGUGAUCGAAAAGGCGUAGGAUUAGAAUUACGCCCUUUACCAGAGUCAUUAGAAUUUGAUAUAAAAAAUAUUCUUGCCAUGACUGAUAUCAAAACUCACAUAGGAUACACCCGAGCAUGGGUUCGAUUAGCACUCGAAAAGAAACUCCUCUCGCGACAUUUCCGGACACUACUGUCUGACACAACUCUCCUUCGAUCAUUAUAUAAACGAUCGGCAUUCCUUAGAUGCGAAGACGAAAAGGAACAAUUCCUUUACCAUUUGCUGACUCUAAAUACAGUGGAUUAUUUUUGUUUUACAAAUAUAUACCCGACCACAAAGCUUCCAUAUCGUGUUGUGAUAUUUCCAUCAAAGAAAUUUGGUAGUGGAACUACCUCAAGUAACGUCUGGGUGACAAUAGCCGGCACAAUGGGUGAAACCCAACAAGUGCCGGUACCUAAAGGGGCUGUUGAAUUUAUUUUUCAUUAUAAAAAUCUUGGCUUAUUAACGACCAUGCGGAUAGGUCACGACAACAGUGGUGCAUCAACAAAAUGGAUGGUGGAGCAUGUAGUUGUCCGAAAUGAAGUAACAGGACAUACAUUUAAAUUUCCCUGCGGACGAUGGCUAGGUAAAGGCAUUGAUGACGGUGCAACCGAACGUUUACUAGUUGGUCAACGUGUACCACUAACUGUAGAUAGCGACGAAUUAGUACAAGUUUGUCAGACACCGCCACGUGCCCGUAGUCCAAGUGUACAUAGACCCGAAAUGAAACCGUCCGAAAUUCAACAUUUACUAGGCGAUUGUGUUAAUGUUAUAGUUAAAUGGCACUAUAAACCCAGUCGGGAUCGUGAUGCUGGAUUUCUAACGAAUUUACUAUGCGGCGAAGGUGGAUUAGUUAAAUGUUUAGAGCAAGUUUUUUUGUGUGGUUUUCGAUCAUCACGAUUCUUUGGACGGAAUCUGUACAUUUGGGAUUAUAUAAUUAAAGUGAAGGAACAAUUCGAAUUAAACAUAACUCAGGAAACCGUCAACUCAAAUCCCAACUCACCUCCAACUGACAAUGUUAGCCCCGGCUCGCCAUACUCACCAUGUGUUCAACGACAAGAAUUGUUAGCGAUAUGGCGGUGCUUUGUUUAUAUAGUCGAUGAAAUAAUUGUAGCAACAACAUCGUUAGGAAAAGAUGGAAAAUUUCAACUAUUUGUGUGUCUCUGCUUAAGAGAACACAUUCUUCAUCGCAUGCUCUCGCCUAUGGCAUCGACCAAAGUUACCCAGGAAAUGUAUGAUGAACAGAGUUUUCUGCGUCGCAAAGGUUUGCUAACAUUUUUGGUACAAAUACUCGAACCGCUAGAUGAAUUUCACAUAGUCCUCGAAAACUCCAUAACUCAAGGGAUACCGUCACAAUGUUAAUUCUCGUUUUAACUUUACAUUUUAAGAUUUGAUGUUUAAAUGAAAAGUCGUCAUUGUUUUUCUUUACAUAUUUAUUUUCUGGUGUUAUGAAAUGCCAUCGUAUGAGAACUUCGUUUACAGAUGUAAUCUUAAACGAGAUGAAAACUGUUUGUAGUUGUGGUAAUGUAUCUAGUAACGUGACGAUAAACUACAAAGUGGAAAAACAGUACCAAAGGUGAUUGUGUGAACUAAGAGAGAUUAUUUAUUGAAACAAAUACCAAAGAGAAAAUUGAAUCAGUGAAAAUAAGUUUGGAAAAGUUUUUUUUUAUUUGCAACCACCUUAGAAAAUGUUCAAACAAACAAAGUUCAAUGAUUGUAGCAAAAUAUCUUUUAACAACUCUUGCCCCAGACAGGUACUAUCGCUUGCCAAAAAAGUUAAAAUUCACUAUUCGAAUCUACUUAAAUUCUUGAUCAUAUUUGCAGCUCUCAACUACCUGAUGCAAAAGCAAUACUCAUUUCUUGCCUAAGUUUUAGUCAUUUUUAAAACGAAAAUUUAUUUUUGAUUUUUAUAAGUGCAAACAUUUUUUUAUAUUUUUUUAUAGCAUAGUCUUAUUUUUGAUAUAGUUUCCCCUCAUUCCAUUGGCUGCUUUUUAUCCUAGGCUAAUGUUUAAUUUAAGAUCGAAAUAAUGCUCUCUUAAGAAGAUUUGAUGUGGAAUUUACAUUAAAUGUUUUUAGACUUACGCCAUAUUGAGGUAAAAAUCUAUUUUUCGUAAUAAAUUCGUGGGUCAAGUCGUUGCGUACAAAAUUGGGAUAUCUAUCAUUAUCGACGAUUAUUGAAAAUGAGAACUUAAUAAUCAGAGAAGUUGCUAAUUCACUAAUGCAAAAAAAAGAUUAUAAUAAACUGGCUCCGAUCAUGAUAGAUCGCACGACUUGAACCAAAAUACAUUGUCAAUAUUUGCUGUUGAUAUUGUCACUUUAAAUUGUCCUCACAUCGUGCAUAAAGUUCAAUUUGCAAAGUCCGGAAAAAAUUAAAUUAAAUUUGUGAUACUCUGUUAAGAAUGAAGAUACAGAUGAUGCAUUCAAGUGAUACAAUUCGAAAAUACUCGAUUAAACUGAAUUCGUAUAAAUAUUUGCACAAGACAUUGAAUAAUUUAUAUAAAUUAAGGCUACCGGUCGAUAAUUGACGAAGGUUGAAGUUCCGUCAGAGAUUGUUUUACCUUUGAACUGUUUACUAUUUUUGGCCCAUAAUCAAAUACUUGUCACCCAUACAGAAUAUAAAUUAAUUUACAGCCAAACAUUUAUAUGUAUUGACCAAAUUUUCAUACCAACCACCAGUUGUUAACUCUACUUACUUUGCGAUUACACUUCUAAACUCACUUCACUCUGCACCACUCCAUGCAAUAUUCACGUUCGUCGAUAAAUUGAGCAAUCAACCUUCGUAACAUUUGAUGCACAACAUUGAAAAUCUAUUCAAUAACAGAAUAUUUUUUAUUUUUCGAAAUUAUAUGAACAAAAAAGCUGAAUCGUAAAGAGCUGAAGUAAUAAUUUUAGUCACAAUGAAAAUUUAAAUUAUAAUAUUAUAUUUUUAUACUGAUUAAAUAUUUUACUUAGUUAAUAAGAGUGUGCCAAAACGUAAAAUGAAAUAUUUUCUUUUUUUUGAAUAGAAACUGAAGUUGAUUUCGUACUUAUUAAGUUCCUUACUUGCGAGUGCGCCUUGUACUCAUACAAUGAACUCAAUAUCCGCAAUAGGUAAUUUUACUAAAACUAUUAAAUUAUCCAUUGUCUAUAAUACAUGAAACUCACAUUAUGCCCCCAUGACGAGGGGUAAGUCAAUUCAACUCAUCAGAAUAUCCAAAUUCCAAGAAGUACAAAGCACAUUCGCAUCAAAAACAACAGAUCAAAUAUUCCACACAUAGAUUUCCUGUUUACUACUAUACACUUUACUCCUGUAUUUAUUUGAAGUGUAGCAGACAUGAUUUGUAGACUUGAAUCAUUUGUAGAUUUUAACGAAAGAAGACAACCCACACUUCUUGAAUAUUUCAUUGAAAAGAAAUUGAAAUUUUGUCCGUAAAUGUUAUGAAAUAAGAUGAAUUCUGUAACAUAAUGAUUUGUGCAUAGAAAUAAUACAACAAAGUUAUGUUGAAAUCAUACAAAUGUUCGAAUGUAAUGAAAUAUAAGAUAAAAUUCGAAAUUGAUGUGUGUGUCAAAAAUGGUU